AUGAAUCUUAGCAAAAGUGACAGUUUGCCAGUAGAUCGUGCCCUCGGUGUUCAGUGGAAUGACUUUGGAACUUUAAAGAACGCCCAGCUACAUGUAUUCUGCGACGGUUCUCAACUUGGCUACGGCGCAUGCGUGUACUUGAGAUUAAAAGAUGAAAAGAACCUGAUUUCAUGCUCUCUGGUUGCAGGAAAAUCACGACUAGCACCAAUAAAACAGACAUCUAUUCCAAGACUUGAACUUUCAGGAGCAGUUGUCGCUUCCCGGCUUUAUACGCUAGUAGCAGACGAACUAGAAAUAAACAUUGACAGUGUGACAUUCUGGACAGAUUCUAUGAUUGUCCUUGGAUAUAUUAAAAACAAAACCCGGAGAUUCAAAACCUUUGUUGGAAAUAGGGUAAGUGAAAUUCAUGAUGUGACGUCACGAGACCAAUGGAGAAACGUAGAUACGGCUUCCAAUCCAGCAGACGUCGCUUCUAGAGGAAUGCGUGCCAGUGAUUUUAAGACAAUGAAAUUUUGGAUGCAUGGACCUGAAUUCCUUCAAAAAGAUGAAAGCCAUUGGCCAAGCCACCUAACUAAACCUGAAUUAGACGACGACGACACUGAGCUGAAAAAAAGAGGUUGUCGUCAACACAACUAG